CAGCCUCUCCUUCAUCCUCUUUGCUGCGCAGCCUUGUGAUAAACACAACACACACACACCCACGAGGCACUGUUGGUCACGGAGAAAGGGAAGAGGAGAGGAAGCAGUCGCUCCAGUGUAUAGGGUUGCACCACCAUCACGUCGCCGCCGUCGUGGAGAGAGAGAGAGAGAGAGAGAGAGAGAGAGAGAGAGAGAGAGAGAGGCGCCGUCAUCCUCGUCGCUGGAACCGCAAGGAGCGUCGCCGCCGAGCCCGUCACCGUGUCGUUGUCUUCAUCGACGCCAGUUUAAGAGAGAUGCGACGGAGAGAGAGAAAGGGCCCGCAGAAGGGAAGCGUCGCCGUUCCCUGAGGCCGCACCAUCGUCGCUGUCCAUGGUGACCCACGAGCCGAGAGUGCAAGCGCGGGUGGAGGGUGGCACUGUUGUUGCCACUGUUUCUCCCAACGGCGCUGCUAUCACCACCGUGAAUCGCAAUCCGGAGAGGGAGGAGAUGCGAGCCAUGACCGGAAGGGAGAAUACGCCAUAUCUGGAAGCCGCCGUCGUCCUCUCUGCGCCACCCUCGUCCUUGCCACAGGGUCAGCCGCUGUCAUGUAUGGCAGAGCCAGAAAGAGAGAGUUCGGGAGCAGAGCAAGAGAGAGAGAGAUUUGAGGCUGGGUUGGGAGUCCAACCACCGUGUUCAGCCGCCGUUUGUGUCGCCGGCGCCGCCUCGGUCGGAACUGCCGCCGUCAGAAAAGGGUUUUGGUCGCCAGGAGUGGUUCUGCGACUCUCGGGACCACCGCCGGAGCUUCUGGCUACUUCUGCCGUCGCCGGAAAGUUGCCGAUAAGGAUUUUAUUUGAGGUUUCUGCCUUUUUGGUUUUCGAGGUGGUUUUGAUGUUGCACGGUUUUUAUAGUUGAUCCACCGGAGUUUCUGGCCGCCGCUGGAGCUGUUGCCGGAGCCAGUUUGAAAUUGCAGCUGCUUCGUGUUGUUAUUACGGUAAAAAAUUAUGUUUCGAAAAGCCUCGCGUUAGUUUUCGGUUGUGUUUGGUUAAUAAAUGAGUUUUGGUAACGUGGGGUCGAGUCCUGAUUAUUAUAUGUUGCGAUUAGUGUUGCUAUAGUUAUUGCGAAAGUGGCUGGGAGCUGAGGUUUUGGUUGUCGGUGAUUUCGAGUUGAGGCGGAAAGGACUCUGUGAGAUGUCUGGGUUAUGGAAUUUGCGUUGAGAUAAACCGUUUUGAAGGGGAGCCUCGGAGCAGCGGAUGAGUUGUCUCCACGUGACCUCAAGGUCACGGGUUCAAGCCGUGGAAACAGCCACUGAUAUAAUUAUCAGGUUAGGCUGCGUACAUUACAACCUUGGUUGCGGCCCUUUCCCGGACCCUGCGUUAAACGCGGGACGCUUGUGCACCGGGUUGCCCUUUUUAUAGAUAAACCGUUUUGAAAGACUUUUGAGUUUUUGAGAAUUGAAUGGUUUCUUUUUUGAAAAAAGGAUUUCAGAUUUCUCUUUUAUUGUAAACCGUUGUUUUUGAAAAGAGGCAUAAGACGGUUAUUAAUCACUGGUACGAUUUAUCUUCAUGUAUCCUAUUACAGUAAUUCCCAAAAACCCUCUACUGAGAACCCUUUCGAGGAUGAUGUUCUCACCCCCUACAUUUUCCC